AUGGCCGUAACCCAUGACUACAUGAAAUCGCAGAGUGGGGUCACCUGGCGUUUUGGAGCACCUUGUCAGCAAUAUGGUGAUGACACACAGAGCUCUCCUUCUCCUUUACAUCUGCAGAAGGAGUCCCAAAGGCGGAUCUUGGCUGCUGCGUCCGCACUGCGCUCCGAUCGCGCACAGGCGAGUUCGCCUUGCGCGCUCCUGCGCUUGGAGCCGCCUCUCGCCUCCUCGCCCUUCUCGGACCAAAAAGGGGACAACAUGGCAACGGCCAAGGCGAAGAGGAUCAAGUUUUCUGAUGAGGAGAAGUUCCUGAUCCUGGAAGGAUUUGCUCUCCGCAAGGACAUCCUGAUCCCGAAAAGCGGCCGCUACAGCAACACCGCUGCCCGCCAACGGGCCUGGGAGGAGAUCGCCGCGGCCGUCAACUCUCUGAAUCCUCUCAUUCAGCGCACGCCGCAAGAGAUCCUCAAGAAGUGGAAAAACAUGGUGGUGGACGCCCGCAAAGGUCUAAGCGUAGAGAAGCACCCUCUGCUGCAGAAGCAGCCCCGGGAACGCCUCUUCCGCGAUAUCGUCGCUCUCCUCAAUAAAACGGACACCGCGCUCCCCAGACGGUUGCUUUGCCGUCCUGGCUCGAGAGCUGAGUCUCCGGGCAGCCCCAGAGGAGACGCGUCGGCGACAAUCCGCGCCGAGGUGCUCUCAGGCUCGCCUUGCCUGUCGUAUCUCCGCAGCGACAGCCACUACCGGCAGCCGUGCCGGAUUGAGGCUCCCGGAAACCCCAAAGCUAACGGGGGUUCACCGCAGGCAGAUUUACCAAGGCAGGACUUUGCCAGCCUCUCGCAGUCCAGGGAGGGGCUUGAACGACGUGCAGAGGGGGCUCGAGAGAGAGAGGAAAAGACGUCGGCGGAGCCCUGCAAGGGGGUCUCGUUAAGCUACGUUCAUCACUCAGACCAGCCGCACUGUGCACAAAUCCCCAGGAUGCUUUUGCCACGAAGGGGGGAAUCCGGGCGGUCCAGCGUUUGUAGAAUGCCAGAACCUAGUACCUGCCCGUCAGACCUCCCUUUGGCAUGUAAGCUUGAGUGCCCUCUCAGCCCCGAGCUGGAAUGUCCUUGUCUGGGAGCAGCCUGCAUCCCCUUGAUUCAAAGCAGUGGCAUUGGGAGUUCCAAAGCCACCCCCUCCGCCCUCGAUGAUCACGCUGAAGAUUUGCAUCCCAGCCAGAAGGGUUGCAGCACACUAACAAGAGGCCCAUUCAGAGAGCUUUUGGAGAGGCAGAGCCAGCUGCAAACCGAGGUUCUAGAACUGCAGAAGGAGACCCUCCAGCUGCAGAAGGAAAAGAUCGUGCUGGAGAAAGAGAAACUGUUGCUGGAAAUCCUCAAGCUCCGCCGUGAGCUGGGCACAUGA